GACAGAUUGUUUACACAUCCGACAUAAACGAUGGCAACGAAGAACAUUAGCGAAUAUCAGGAAGAGUUCUGUGGUUUAGGUGGAGGAACCACUGGCAAAGGCUCUGGAGGUGAAAAAGGGGGGCCAACUGUAUUUCCUGUGUGCCGCAAGUCCUAUGAUAUUCAGCCAGUCGGAGGUAGAAUGCAGAAGAAGUAUAGAGAUGCAUUGCUAACAAAAAUUGCAUCUCCAAAUGCUGCGGAUCUCUCUCCCAACGCGACCUCGUAUCAGAUGGAUAUCGAUCCCAAUAUUGGAACCUCCAGAGGAAGGAACACUUUUCCCAUGCCAAAUUGCAGCGGAUCCAUGGCAGUACCUGACGUACAUAAAUUACGCUACAUGCACAACGACUACAUGACAAGAGAUGACUGGUAUGACCAUGGCACUGUCGCGGAACAGAACAAGCAGAAUCUACAACAAUCAGGCGAAUCGCAGAACAUGACACAAGAGGCCACAGCUAAUGCCGUUGAAGAGCCCGCUCAACCGGUUGCAGCCAAUUAG